CACCAUUGGCUAUGACAAACUUUCAUUCCUCUUCCACGGUGAAUAUGUGUGAAAAAUGUCGAAAAUGUGUAAUAUCUGCAAUCAAAACGCGUUAAAAUAACUUGUCACAGUGUUUAAUAUUAAAAUAUAAAUAUUCGUAACCUAUCUAGACAUCUGUAACACCAUUUGUGAUUUAGGAAACAGUUUACAAGGAACGUUGAGAAAAUGUUAUUGUGUGCUAAGUUUUAUAAUGGCGGCCCGUCGCGUCCCCCGCGCCUCCAUUUCGAUGACAGUCAAAUUAUGACAAUGCCGAUACGUGAACUUCUGAAAACAGUUUUGUUUUCAUAAUUUAAACAAAGUGAAUUAAACUAGGCUAAGAAAGGACUGAAAAUGAAUCCGGAUCACCAUAGUAUAAAUACGGGUGGUGGCCAACCUCCAUCCAAUUCAGAGUCUCAGAGUGCGAGGGUACAGGCGGCGCAGCAGCAAGCUAACUUGACGCCCACGACAUCUGCUACAGACUUGAGAGUCAACUCUGCAGCUGUGAACGUUGCUUUGUCGAGCGUGGCCAAGUACUGGGUGUUUACAAACCUCUUCCCCGGCCCACUGCCACAGGUUUCCGUCUACGGCUUACCUGGUACGAGGAUUGAAAAUGGGAAACCAGUUCAGGAUCUUGGCCAAGCUCACGCUAGUAUACUGAAUGGAGACCCCAACAUUAUACUGGGCCACGCUGGUCAUACCGGCCACGCUGGCCAGCCUCAGGUCACAGUGUCAGCUUCGGGACAGCAGAUUCCUGUGUCUCAGAUCAUUGCUACACAAGCAGGACAUGAUGGUCUGGUGGGUCACAGCCAUCAGCAAGAGCCAUCGGGGAGCACAGCACAGCUGUCGGUCUCGGGGCAGACUUCCCAGCAGGUACCCAAUAACCGGGUCGAAUUUGUACAACACCAUAACAUUGAUAUGGGACACCAUUCUCAACAACAUCUCCUACAGCAACAGUUGAUGGCUGCUGCGCGACCAGAACACGCUAAUCAACAGAUCCAACUCACUGUAAGUGAAGACGGCAUAGUGACUGUGGUGGAGCCGGGCAGUGGGAAGCUGGUGGACAAGGAAGAUCUGCAUGAGACUAUCAAGAUGCCCUCUGACCACACUCUCACUGUGCACCAGUUGCAACAGAUAGUGGGUCAUCAUCAGGUGAUCGACAGCGUCGUCCGUAUCGAACAAGCCACAGGCGAACCGGCCAACAUCCUUGUGACCCAAAACCCAGAUGGCACCACAUCCAUAGAGACCAGUGCGGUCGACCCGCUCCUCGUCAAAGAUGAGAAGAACGGCUCUAAGAUAGAGUCUGCACAGUUCGCCAUACCUGCCGAGAUAAAGGAUAUCAAGGGAAUCGAUUUGAAGAGUGCAAUGGGUAUGGAGGGUGCGGUGGUGAAGAUAUCUACUGGCUCUGAACACGAUCUGCACACCAUGUACAAAGUGAAUGUGGAGGAUCUGUCGCAGCUGCUCGCCUACCAUGAGGUGUUCGGCAAACUGAGCGCAGAAGGACAGCAGCAAAAUAAGGUGAUAAACGACGUGGAGGUGGAGGUGGCGGGCCCGAGCGCGGCGAUGUCCGAGGCCGAGUCUUCGCCCGGACACCACGCGUGCGACAUCUGCGGGAAGAUAUUCCAGUUCCGCUACCAGCUCAUCGUUCACAGACGGUAUCACGGCGAGAGCAAACCUUAUACGUGUCAAGUUUGCGGGUCCGCUUUUGCCAAUGCAGUUGAACUAUCGAAACAUGGAAAAUGUCAUCUCGCGGGUGACCCAGCCGAACGUCAAGCGAAGAGGCUGGCCCAAGACAAGCCAUAUGCGUGCUCCACGUGCCACAAGACCUUCUCGCGGAAGGAGCAUCUUGACAACCACGUGCGGAGUCACACCGGGGAAACUCCUUACAGAUGCCAGUACUGCUCGAAGACGUUCACCCGCAAGGAGCACAUGGUGAACCACGUGCGCAAGCACACGGGCGAGACGCCGCACCGCUGCGAGAUCUGCAAGAAGAGCUUCACGCGCAAGGAGCACUUCAUGAACCACGUCAUGUGGCACACCGGUGAAACGCCGCACCAUUGUCAAAUAUGCGGAAAGAAGUAUACUAGGAAGGAGCAUUUAGUGAACCAUAUGCGAUCCCAUACAAACGAUACACCGUUCAAAUGUGAACUGUGCAGCAAGUCCUUCACCAGGAAGGAGCACUUCACCAAUCACAUAUUGUGGCAUACUGGUGAAACGCCCCACCGUUGUGACUUCUGUUCAAAGACAUUUACACGCAAGGAGCACUUGCUCAACCACGUGCGUCAACACACCGGCGAGUCGCCGCACCGAUGCAACUUCUGCUCUAAGUCCUUCACACGCCGCGAACACCUGGUGAACCACGUCAGACAGCAUACCGGGGAGACGCCCUUCCAGUGCGGAUACUGUCCUAAAGCCUUCACGAGAAAGGAUCACCUUGUGAACCACGUCCGUCAACACACCGGGGAGUCCCCGCACAAGUGUUCUUACUGCACGAAGUCAUUCACGCGCAAGGAACAUCUGACCAAUCACGUGCGCCAACACACCGGGGAGUCCCCUCAUCGGUGUAAUUACUGUUCGAAGUCGUUCACUAGAAAGGAACAUCUCACUAAUCAUAUUAGGCAACACACCGGGGAGACGCCAUUCAAAUGCACGUACUGUGCAAAGUCCUUCUCAAGGAAGGAGCACCUCACCAACCACGUCCACCUCCACACGGGGGAGACACCACACAAAUGUCCUUUUUGCACCAAGACAUUCUCCAGACGGGAACAUUUAACCAAUCAUGUCCGGAUACACACGGGCGAGUCGCCGCACCGCUGCGAGUUCUGUCAGAAGACGUUCACGCGCAAGGAGCACCUCACGAACCACCUCAAGCAGCACACGGGCGACACGCCGCACGCGUGCAAAGUGUGCUCCAAGCACUUCACCAGGAAGGAGCACCUUGUCACGCACAUGAGGUCUCACAGUUGCGGCGACCGUCCGUUCAGCUGUGGCGAGUGCGGCAAGUCGUUCCCGCUGAAGGGCAACCUGCUGUUCCACGAGCGCUCGCACAAGAGCGGCAACAACAAGAACUUCCGCUGCGAAAUCUGCUCCAAGGAGUUCAUGUGCAAAGGUCACUUGGUGUCUCACCGGCGAACGCAUAACGAGGCGGGAGACGCGGGGACGAUUUCGGAGUCGGUGGCUGAAAACGAGGACUGCGGCGACUACUCCAAGUGCGAGGACACCAACGAAAUACCAGAGAGGAAACACGAUAUCAGAGCUACAGUAGACAACAGAAAUGACGGCACAGGAACACAAACACAACUGAGUACUGUAAUGCAGAUAACGAGCCAGCAACCAGUGAGAGCGGGAACGGUGACCAGUGCGGCGAGUGUAGCGCCUGGGUCUUUCACCCACACAGCCGGCAACCAGCACCACGCGGGCACGACCAUCGCCCACCAUCCCGUCACCGUGAACUACUAGCACACGCCCACCACGCCGGAGACGGACCCGCUCAUACUCUUCAUACAGAGCUGAUAAUAUGUGAAAAAAUAAACGGGCCAUUGUGUGAUUCAGUGGUGUGCACUCCAUAGAUGUAAACAAGCACUGCCUACCCUACUAAUACGAAAACUGUAUUGGAAAAGGAAUUUUCCGGUUUGUACAAUUUCUACAUAUUGUGCCUACCCUAGUUUAAUACAUUGUGCACGCCACUGGUGUUAUUAGAAAAUCUAAGAGACAAAGUAGUGACAACAUUUAUAAUGGGAAAAAUAAUACAUGGUUGUAUGAAGAAAAUGAAAAUUGAACUAUAUUGGACGUGAAUUUUCAAUAUCGAAAAAUCAUGCCGGUCAACAAUAAAAAAUCGCAUUGGUUACAAACAUUUGGUCCAGUUUUUGUUGUGACAUUGAUAACCAACCUUCGCUAGAUGAUCUUUGAGAUUAUAUAGAAAACAAUAAUUGUGUUUACUGUUUAUAUUUGUUCAGUUAUUUUGGUGCACAACUUAUUUUGAAGGGUUGUCGAUUGAAAAUAUAAUAGGGCUCAUCUUCAUCAUCAUCAUUAUCAACCCAUAUUCGGCUCACUGCUGAGCUCGUGUCUCCUCUCAGAAUGAGAAGGGUUAGGCCAAUAAUAAUCCACCACGCUAAGCCCAAUGCGCGAAUAAAGAAUAUUGAUAGAUAGAAGAUACGUGAUAUUUAGUUUCCUAAAAUGGAAACUACUGAAAAAUUGGAGGUGCAUGCCCCAGACCGGAUUCGAACCUACAUCCUCUGGAAUCUGAGGCGGCGCUCAUAUCCACUGGGCUAUCACGGCUAUAAUAGGACUAUUUUGUCAUUUGUUUGUCCUGACUGACUGACUGAUCUCUAAAUAUAAUAUGUAUAGCUAUUGAGAUGUAAUAUUAUGAAAUCAAGGAUUCGAGAAUAAAUUGAAAAAAGUGGAAACUUGGACAUAUCUAAAUCUUUUGACUAUUUCAGUCUGCUUGAAUUUUUUUUUCAUGCCACAACUCAUAUACAGAGAUAUUAACCUCAGACUAAUUAGAUAAGGAUCUGUCUCGCUAGAUGUUACUUUUCUGCAAAAGUAUAUGAUCAACGAUCAUAAAAACUGUCUAUAGAAUCGAUGUUUCAUAAUUGUAAUCGUGUUUGUCGGUAAAAGAGCUCCGUAAUUUUUUUUUUGUGUUGUGGAAUGGUGUAAAGAGCAAACAAAAACUUCUAGUUAGCAUACCAAAUCUAAACUUGCUUGUUGACAGACAAUUUUGUUCGUUAUUUUGGGUGCGAUAAUUACUAUACCUUAUGUAUUUACAAAAAAAAUGAUUCAAGAUAGAAAAAUUUAAAAAAUCACUCAAGUAAUUGGUCACUCUAUUGGAUUGCCAUUGGAUUUCUUCAAAACUUACCUUAGUUUCUUUUAACCCUUUACAAGUAACGAAAAUUCUUGUUUCAUUGUAUGUUUCUCUUUUAUGGGUUUCUAAGCCAUUUAUUUAAAUCAGAUUGAACUUCGUCUGGGUGUUUAUUGUCAUCUAUACUAAUUUUUAUAAUUUGAGAAUAAUUCUUUCACUGUUAGAUUUCUACAUUAACUUUAUCCCUGAUGAACAUCGUAUCGUACUAAUAUUAUAAACGCGAAAGUUUGUAUUGAUGUUUGUUACUCUUUAACGCCUCAACUACUGAACCGAUUUAACUGAAAUUUAAAACGAAGAUAGAUAAUACCGUGUAUUUGCACAUAGGUGUAUUUACACUUUUUAUCGUGAAAAAUCCAUGGUUUUCGCGAGAUUUGCGAAAAACUGAAUUCCACCUGGACUAUGAUGUAGGUGUAAUAAAAGGUGGUGCGAGUCUCACUCUGUGAGAACUCAUUGUAUGCCGGGAAUAGCUAGUAUUUUAUAAAAUGCACAAAAACAAGAGUACAAAUAUAAGCAAUAAACAGUAAGUAUUUAUAGUGUAAUUAUUGUAAACAAAUGUUUAAUAAGUGCAAGGUGAAAUUUAUAUUUUUGAAAUAAAUUAUCUUCAUUAGCAAUAAAGUAACGUUCGUUGAAAUUGUAAUAUAAAGUGUAAUAUAUAUUAUAUAGAGUUAGAUGUAUUAAUUUUUAUUUAUACUAAAUAUAAUUAUGUAUAUUAUUAACAUAAAUAAUAAACACACAGCUGCUAUGUGAUUUAUUAUAGUGAUAUUGGUUUUAGGUUUUAUUGUUUUUUUUUAGUAAUUUAUCUGCGGUUUGUUAGGUGUAGUUUUUUUAGCAAAAAGAAAAUGACUUUAUCACAAAAUGUGCACUGCAGAGAAUGGUUACUGUAUUUUAACAAUUAUGUAUUACAAAAGAUACUAUGAAAGUACCUAUUUGAACAGAUUUGUGGCAUAAUACUUACUAAUUAAUUAUCAUACAUUCCUCGCAACUUUUUAACACAUCCUAAAUCACAACAACGCCAAAAUAACAUAUUUUCCAGAACUUAGUCUUCAAAACUUUGUAGUGGACUUAGAUACUGAAAAAAAUAUAAUUACAUAUAUAAUUUUAAUGGUUUGUUCACAUAAAAAGAAGGAGGGACCAGGGAGCUAAAAUUUAUAACAAUAAUAUGUAUAAAAAAAUCCUUUACCCCUCAAAUGUUAACUUAUUUAUUUUUGUAAGUUCUAAAACUAAUAGUCCAGUUAAUAAAAUUAUCUUUGUUCUUUGCCAUUUAUGUACAGUACAAGUGUGAUACAAUUUUUAUUGAUUUUUUUAUAUAGAUUUAAAAUGUAUAGUAAAUGUAUAGGACUGGUGGCUAUACGCUUAGCUUAGCCGGACCACCAAGUAUGUAAGAAGUGGUGUUAUAAUCACUUCAUAUGUAUUAUGUAACAGCUUGUAAGUAUACAUGUAUAUAAUAAACAUUUACUAUAGUUGUAUGUAGUAUAACAUAGGCUAGCAAUAAUAUCAUUAAUAUUAUUUUGCUGUAUCGUGGUGAAUUGUAUAAAUGAUAUUUGGGUGAAAAACGAUUGUGAAUCGUAAGGUUUUCAGUUACUUUGGUGACUUCACACCAUUGUAAUAGUAUUACAAAUAUGUUACGUGUUACGGUGCCACUACAUCACUUUUUUUAUUUGUAGAACUUUUUUCAUAGACAAUUAGUUUUACUAAAAUUUAAAUUAUGUUCGGUAAUUUGAUAUGGAUGAGAUUAAAACUAAAAUGAAAA